AUGAAACCAGAGCGCAUUACCAGCAUGAGCGCAGUGCGUGGAGUCUUGAACAAGGCACAAUCCGAACACGCAUUGCUCUUCAUAUCGCUUGUCGACAAUCACAAAAACCAUCCACACGCGUGCAAGCUUGCCCAGCGUCUCAUCUUUGGGCCAAACGAGAGAGACUUCCCCGGUCUAGGCAAAAAGCUAUCGCCCUUCGAUGUCAGCGGACUGCCUUCACCGGAUGAUAUGCAGAGACUUCUCAUCGAUGACCUCCGAGCAGCGCGCAAAGAGCACAACGACCACGUAACUCAUACCGUUGAUAAUAAUGCAACAGUCGGCUCAGAAACAGACGAUAAAGACAUAUGUUCCAAGCUGCUCGAAACCCUGGCUGAUCACGACAACAAGGCCAGUGGCGGUCUUCUAAGCUUUCCAAGUCGAUCGCUAGACGAGACCUGCGGCGACGCGACAGGGGAAUGCGAUGACUCCCUGCGAGAGUCCAUCACCACUGCGACAAUUUUGCAACGCGACACCCUUCUCUCGAUUCAACAUAGCAACGAGGGAACCACCUUCACAACCUUGUUGUCAGGCGCCAUAGCUUGGAUCAUCUGGCCGCCAACAGAUCAUAACACCAUCAUGCUCAAAAGCUCCUACGAGGCUUUUGACAAUGGGUUCGAUGGCACGAAAACCAACGUGGCUGCCGAGCUUGAAGGCGGCGUAUGUCUUGUUCAGUCUGUCGGUGAAGCUAUCCGCAUUCCUCCGUUCUGUCCGAUCUUGUGCUUGUCAUUGGAGCUCUCAAUCCUGGCCACCUACUCAAUUGUCAACAUUGAUCAGGUUGUUAGCAUGUUGCGUAAGCUCCCACUGCUGCAAGUGUGGUUCAAGUCCGAGAUUGACGGUGAGCGCAAGCAAGCUGAUCUCGUUACCGCGCUGCUCGAGCAGUUGUCAUCUAUCCUGGAAGGCAGCUUUGAACCAGCCAACCUAAAGAAACACAAGUACCCUUAUCUUCAGGAAGGUCCAUUGCGCUCAUUGUUGCAAGCGUGGGACGAUGUCAAAAACAACGUAGCUCACAUGUUGGAUCCAGUGAGCACUGAGCGCCUGAUGAAGAUGUGGGAGCAGUUUUUGCGUAGUGCACGUGGACGCGAGUGCUGGAUCUGUGGAAAGACUAUCUGUAAUAAGCCCAGGGACAUGCGCAAGCACUUCAAAACCGAGCACUGGCCCGCUGCAGACAUUGCGGAGGUUAAAUAG